GUCUGGGUUCGGUACGGGUUUGCCUUUUGCCAUAAUUUGCUUCAAGCCUCGGAGACUGACAAUAUCAACUCCUAGCCAUUGGUAGCGGGGUCUACACAGGCAAGGAGACCCGGCGGAUUCGAGAGCUGUAUGGGAUAGAGGGCACGUAUACCGGUGAUAUCAUCAAGGGCAUCUGUUGCCCCACAUGCUCUCUCAUCCGGAACGAGCUCGAGGUUCGUAGGCGGGAAGAGGAAAAGCAGAUCUGUCAUGCUCUGGCUGUCGUCGACGAACCAUACCGCCGGGAGCAACCAAUGUCGGCGACCUCCACCGGAGCUGAAAUGCAACAUGCCCCGCCGACUCCGAUUUGGCCAGACGACUAGGUGUCUGAUCCGGGAAGCUUGGGUGCUAGCCUUGAGCGAGUUGCGCCCCUAUCAAAGGCCAAGUUGCGCGGGAGCAACACCAGUGGCCGGCGAGACCUCUUUGAACCCCGAGCUGAUUGGUUCUACUGGCGGAGGAGGAUGCUAAGUCCAAUCAAUGAGGGAGAGCCCGAAGACACAACACGCGCCGGUACCCCCCGUUUCGUAGAGAACAGCCCCUUUCGAAAUAUCCGAGCGACGCUGCAAACGAGCCCCGAGUUCACGUCCCAACAUGCAUCGCCUCGAUCAUCUUUCAGCUCAAUACGGGAAGAGGGCCUCUUGGAGCGUUGCGUCCCAAGCUCUAGCUUUGACGGUGCUGGGCUUGAGCACUGUCGUUACAUUGACCCAGGUCUGAUGGCCCCUACUCCUGUUUUUCCUCGGAGGUCGCCCAUUUGUGAUAUUCGCGAUGAGAAUGUGCCCCCAAUUGCCCCCCAGAAGGUUGUGGCGGAGGACCGACCACAAGAGACAGCAGACCUUAUGGAGCAGGCUCCUAAUACUGAUGAGGACGAGGGUGAGUCCGCGCCAACACCAGCCACCGUCUUGCCCGUAACCUGCCCUACGGAAGAGGACGCCAAGCCGGCACCUGACGCGGGAACACAAGCUUCACUCGAAGACGACAUGCCUGCUGGUGGAGUCAUCCCACCCACAAUUCCACCUUCCAAGACGGAGCUGCACCCUACCGAUAUAGACAAGGAACUGGGUAUUGGGAUGAGUGAGAGACCUGGUCAGGACUCCUGAGAGGAGGCUGAGGCAUUCCUAGAGGAGAGUCGCCGGUGGCAAGACUGGUCCAUCGGACUGGCAUGAUGGUUUUUCAGGACGACAAGUAGCCUACCUAAAUAGCCCUAGCAACACGUCAUUAAUAGUAUCCC